UUUGGUUAACUUUGUUGAAGCCGCCGAGGAGCACAGGCAGAAAAGGCAAAAGAGGGGAAUUAGGAAGAGGAGCAGGAGAAAUGCCGCUAUACGAUUGCAUGCUGCUUGCGAAGACUUCGGUGAAGAAAGAAGCGAUUAUGAAUCUGGUCGCUCGAUUGGGCAAGCGCAUUUUCCAGUGCAACGGAGUCAUCACCGACAUCAAAUCCUUCGGCACAGUGCAACUCGGCUACGGUAUCAAGAAGCUCGAUGGCCGCCACUUUCAGGGUCACCUGAUGCAGAUGACAAUGAUGGUUCCACCCUCUUUCCCCAAGGAACUCCAGUACCUAAACAAGGAAGACCGUCUGCUUCGUUGGCUUAUUGUUAAACACAGGAACACAGUAUAUGGCUUGGAAGCCAUUAAUGAUGAUGAGGGGAAGGAUGAGCUGAGCUUGUUCGGCUCCGGCAGCUUAUACAGGAAGACAGAGGAGGAUGGGGAUGAUGAUGAGGAUGAUGAUGACGACGAUGAAUAUGAACAAGAAUAGAGCUGUAUGUAUUUUCAGAGCCUUAGCUUUUUCUUGUAGAUGUUAAGCAUAUAAUAUUGUUUCAUUUGGUGAGAACUAAUAUUCCUGAUAAGCUGAUGUUUAAGAACAAUCCUAGACUUAAAAGCCUGAUAUCGGAGCUUUUAUGUCUGCCAUCAUUCACUACUACUUCCAGGAAAAAAAAAGUUUUUUUAGGGA